UCCGUCUCCACUCGCGUGCUUUCAUCAUCCAUCACUGCCCGCCCAAAUUUACAAAAUUUUGCACCACCCUUGCGUGACACUGGCCAACUAUUGUCGCCUCGCUCCCCAUACAAAAGCUCUUGCCCCUCCAUUACCCCGUGCCCCUCAAUUUACUAUACCCAUCUGUGGAGGCGUCGAUACGUGAUAAAGUCUCGACUUGGACGACACCCAACUUUCAUUCCACUCAUUGACUAUUCGCCCUUUGAUAAAACUCGAAUUUGGCAUCACGGAUACACCGACAUAAUGGCUUUCGAACCUACCGCCGAGAGACUCCUGCCGGCGUCCAACUACCCGGAGUCUCGAGUCCUUAUUAUCAUGACGGGCGGAACCAUCUGCAUGCAGCCUACCGCCGAUGGACUUCAGCCCAUUGGAGGCUUCUUGAAGGAUGCCAUGGCCCCGCGGCCAUCAUUCAACGACAAGUCCUCCCCUCCUGUCCAACUUGAGGCCGUCAAAGAUGGAAAAAGAAUCAUGAUCGACAGCUUGAGAACACCACCGAGCGCCUACUCCCGUCACAUUCGUUACGGUGUGCUGGAAUUUAACCCUCUGCUGGACUCUAGCUCCAUCUCAGCGGAAGGCUGGACGGAAAUUGCCCAGACCAUCAGGGAAAACUACCGCCUUUUUGACGGAUUCGUCGUCUUGCACGGAACCGACUCUCUUUCGUACACGGCCUCGGCUCUGUCAUUCAUGCUUUCUGACCUAGGAAAGCCCGUCAUCCUCACUGGUUCCCAGGCUUCCAUUUUUGCUCUCCAGUCCGACGCCGUCGACAACCUCCUCGGUUCGCUCAUCAUCGCAGGAACCUUUGUCAUCCCUGAAGUUGGCCUUUUCUUCCACCACAAGCUGUUCCGCGGCAACAGAACCAGCAAGGUCUCAUCUGCCGCUUUCGAGGCCUUUGCCAGCCCCAACUGCGAGCCCCUGGCCAAGGUGAAUGGACUUGGUAUUGAUGUGAACUGGCCCAUCGUGUUGAGGCCUACUAGAAUCGCCGAGCUCCAGGUCACGAAGCACCUCGACACCGCCCACGUUGCUUGUCUUCGAGUGUUCCCCGGCAUCAGGCCAGAGAUGCUCGACUCGGUCCUGCGUGUUCCCGACCUUCGUGGCCUCAUUCUCGAGACUUUUGGAAUGGGCAACGCCCCCAGUGGUAUCGACGGUAGCUUGACCAAGGUCAUCAAGGCCGCCGUGGACCGCGGUGUCAUCGUCGUCAACGUCAGUCAGUGCAUGAGCGGCUUUGUCUCUCCCGUCUACGGCCCCGGGACCGAACUCGGCCGCGCCGGCGUCAUCUUCGGCCUCGAUCUCACAGCAGAGGCCGCCCUCACCAAGCUGUCCUACCUUCUCGCCAUCCCCAGCCUUUCCACCGCCCAGGUCAGCGCGAGAAUGUCCCAGUCUCUGCGUGGCGAGAUGACCGAAAUGGCUCUUCCGGUAUUUUCGCAUCCAUCUGGCUCACUCGACUCGGUCGUAGCGCGACUAACCGCGUCAGAAUCGGCAUUUACCGUCCUCGGUUACGCCAUACGAAACGGCGAUGUCCGGACGGUGAAGGAGAUCCUGGACAACGACGCCCAGCACGAGCUCCUCAAGGCCGCCGACUACGCGGGCAACACGACCGUCCACCUAGCCGCUGUCGGGCCCAAUAUUGACAUCUUGCGCGAAGUGCUGACGAGGGGCGCCAGCGUGCACUCGAGGAACCUGGCCAACAACACGCCGCUCUACCUAGCCGAGAAGAUGGGCAAGGAGAAGUGCGUGCAGUUGCUGAAGGAGACGGGCGCGCACUUGUGGCAGGAAGAGGAGGCUAUCUUGGAUUCUGUUCACGCAUCUGCAUCCGGAGGAGUUCAAAAGUAGGAAAACUAGAAAAGUUCUGGAUUUUGGUUUUGUGUCGCAUGUUUGGAGGCGUUUCUUGGGGCCAGUGUUACUUAGAGGUCAUAUCUUAACGAUAAUGAAGCAAGUCAGUGAUGAUCUAAAGAGGAGAAAGGACCCUACGAUUUUGGACGCCUCUAUAUUGGCCAAAUGGGCGUACUAAGCAGAUGUUCCCUUUGACAGACAGUCAUGCCUGAAAAAUGUCCAUUUCUUCAUGGCUGCGAACAGACACUGCUGUUGCUGAACUAAGCUCUCAAACAAUCGAAUGAUCAUCGUUGAAGAUGUUGGGUUUCCCCUUGUGCUAGAUGACUAGAAGCGUCGACAAGUACAU